AUGCGUUCACCUCUUCUUCAAACCGCCCUUGUUGGGCUUCUUAUUGGUUCUGCCGACUCCGCUCCUGCUGGUCUGCUCGACGGCGUUACUCAGCUUCUUACUCUCCCAACAAACUAUGUUCAACUUCUAUCCGGUAUCUUAAACACGCAGCCUUCUGGCGGAGCCCAAGUUCUUGAUGCUGCGGACCUCCAAUCGAAAUUGGGCUCGAUAUGGAACACGAAUCAGGGCGGAUCCGGAGACUUUUACGGCAACAUCAAAAAGCAAAUUAACCUCAACAUUGUUCCAUCCGGUGUGCUCCCUGGAUUCAGGGGUCUUCUCGGAGAAGGCGGCCUCCUCGGAAAUCUGAACCUGGCAAGCAUCGCCAACAAGCUGCUUGCGCCGAUCAACUCUAUUGACUCGUCCAACAACGUGAAUCCACUGAACCCGGCGAAUCCCGUCUAUCCCAAGAAGAACUCAGCCGACGCUCCUUAUACUUUGACCGAGCAGCAGCUCCGCCAGGCCAUUUUCAUUCCCAAGACGUUUACGUACGGCCAAAAACCCCCAGUUAUUUUCAUUCCCGGCACGGGUGUCUACGCUGGCGAGACCUUCAGCGCCAACCUGCUCAAGCUCCUCACCAAUGUCCCGUACGCCGACCCCGUCUUGCUAAACAUACCCGAUGCCCUCCUGGCUGAUGCCCAGGUGAACUCGGAGUUCGUCGCAUACGCCAUCAACUACAUCACCGGCAUCAGCAACCAGAACGCGUCCAUCAUCAGCUGGUCUCAGGGUGGCCUCGACACGCAGUGGGCAUUCACGUUCUGGCCGUCCACUCGCAGCGCCGUGUCCAACUUCUUCCCCGUCUCGCCCGAUUUCCACGGCACCGUCCUGGCCAACGUUCUCUGCUUGUCGCCGGGCUCGGGUGCUCUAAACGCCCCUUGCAGCCCAUCCGUAAUUCAGCAACAGUACACCUCGCUCUUCAUCCAGACUCUCCGUGCCCGCGGCGGAGCCGAUGCCUACGUUCCCACGACAACCUUUUACUCGGCACUCCUCGACGAGGUCGUCCAGCCACAAGCAGGUACUACUGCCUCCGCUUACCUCAAUGAUGCCCGCCGUGUCGGUGUGAACAACAUUGAGGUCCAGUCCGUCUGUGCUGGCCGCCCCGCUGGCAGCCUCUACGGCCACGCGACUGUGCUUUUCAACCCCUUGACGGCUGCCCUGAUCAAGGAUGCGCUCCAGAACAAGAGCCCUGCCCAGGUUAGCAGGAUCAAUCUCAAUGAGGUGUGCAAGGACUUUAUUGCCCCUGGUCUUUCGCUGGAGGAUGGUGUUGCUACUGCCGGUGCCAUCGUUCCUUCUGCUAUCCGGCUGCUGGCGUAUCUUCCUAAGCUCAUCGCCGAGCCGGCUCUCAAGUCCUAUGUUCAUGCUUGA